CCGUCGCGAAGACCCCGUGGCAGUGCCGCGCCUGACUCUCUCUCUGUAUACGUAUAGUUGUUGACCGUACGGCAAGUUCUUGUGCCGCAGCUAUAAUAUAACGUGAAAGCCCGCCGGUGUAACGACCGACAUAUAUAUAUAUAUAUAUACAUAUACAUAUACAUAUACAUGUAUAUAUUGUUGUAUAUACAGUAGUGAUCAUAUAUAAAGUAUAUUAUAUGUAAUAUAUGUAUAUACGUACAUCUACACACUGUAUAACGUGCAUAAUACGAACGCGUGUGUAAUUCGCUGCACAGUGAUCGCGGAGUGAAAAUUAUACGGUACGACAGUUGCCUGCAGGGGUUAGGGAUCGCCAUCCCCCUCUGGUGCACCGAGUGUGACGUAUAAAAAGAGGAAACGGAAAAUAAGAUAUGAAGGAGAAACUAUAAUGUAAUAAAUAACAGUGCACGUGGAGAUGAUACCGCAACGUGUUGUACAUGUGUCACAAGCAAAUAUCUGUUAGUGGGUGUGAAAAGAUAUAAUUAUAUGGGUAUGCAAAGGUAUCGGUGGUGAAGUGUGGCUGGAUAUUUUACGGGAGGAUCGGUUGAUGGGGGGUGAAUUUUAACGCGCCCCUAUCCGCCGCCCCUGUCACGAUACAUUCGGUCGGAAGGCGUUGGAAGUUAGUGAAGUUUAAGGAAGGAAGUACGUCCGACUCCGUCACCUCUUUUGGAAAAAAUUCUUACCUGCAAACCGAGGAGCUCGGUGCUUGUGUAUUGUUGAAAGAGCGGCACUCCUACCCCUGAGCCUCCCGGGUCCCUUUCCCCCCCGUGGUGAAGCGGUGAGCGGCCUGCAGUGCCGCAAAGUAGAACGCGGGCCGUGGGAGCGAUUUUCUAUAAGCAAUUCUAGGAGAGCUUGUACACGCCGUUUAUUGUACCCGGCGCAGGUUGCCUUCGGCGCGCUUUUACACGACGAGUGAGACGAGCAGGGGUUGAAGGACUGCGAUCGGCGAAGAGGGCGGAAGGAACGACGAACCGUGCAGCGUCAGGUGUUUCCGCCUAAGGUGGAACGCCGGCGAUAACUCACGUCCCCACGUGCGCGGGUGGACGGCAGGUGGAAGUUCGUCGGGCGAUAAGAGCGUUCGAGAGGAGCCGCAUCUCCGUUGCGGGUUGUGGGUGCCAAGCGCCACCGUGAAAAGUGUCCGGUUACGCGGUUUCCGUCGGCGGGGCUGCAGGGCGCGCCGUCCGAUGCCGCCCCCGGGUCCCCGCGACACGUGACGACGCGUAGCAGGUGGUGGAUAUAACGUUUGUGGGUGGUUUUCCAUCGAUGAUGAUGAUGAUGAUGAUUAUGAUUAUGAUUAUGAUGAUUAUGAUGAUUAUGAUUACGACGACGAAGACGACGAGAGGAGUGAAGUGGUGACACGGCGCGAGCGUUAUUCAGUGCAGGUUCAUUUCGUCGCGCUUUUUACUAUACUCUCCUAUUCCGCAGGCGAGGAUCUCUCCGUCACCCGACGAACACUUGCGCGUCCGGAAACAUCGACGGUCGCGUAUACCGAACGGCGUUGUUGUUGAAAGAGUGCAAGGAUAAUAUUGCAAGCUGCUGGAGUCGCGGAACGAGGCGAAGAAACAUUGAGUGGUGAUGCGGUAGUGGAAGGGACCCCGAGGGAAGUCAUGCGGGCGGCCGUUGCAUUCGUUCUGUUCCUCGCCCACCUCAUACAGGCGACAACGGCCACCGGAUUCUUCGAGGUGCAGAUUCUCUCGCUGACGAACAACAGGGGCACCCUGGUCGACGGGAGGUGUUGCGGCGGAGGAACCGAUGGCGGCGGUGGCGGCGGCGGCGGCGACAACUGGGGCGGCGGUUAUCCGGUCUGCGGAACGCCCUGCACAACCGCAUUCUGGCUGUGCCUGAAGGAGUACCAGUCGAACGUGACGGCGAUCGGUUCCUGUAGUUUCGGCAACGUCUCUAGUCAAGCUCUGGGCCAGAACACGUUCACCCUAAGCGAGCCAGUCACCCUUCAGCUGCGCUUCACCUUCAGAUGGACUAGACAAUUCACGCUGAUCCUUCAGGCGAGAGACGAGGCUACUUUGGGCGUGAUAGAGGAGGCUAGCUACAGCGGCCUCGUCCUCCCUGGACCGGCUUGGCACACCCUGAACCAUCAGGGUAGAAACGCUCAUCUGGCUUACAGGGUGCGAGUCCAGUGCGCCGAGCAUUACUACAACGCGACGUGCACGAAGCUCUGCAGGCCGAGGGACGACAAGUUUGGGCAUUACACUUGCGACGACAACGGCGACAAGGUUUGCAUCCACGGAUGGAAAGGCGCCAACUGCGAAACCGCGGUUUGCAAAGAGGGCUGUCAUCCGGUCCACGGGCAUUGUGACGUCAGCGGUGAGUGCAACUGCCGCCCGGGAUGGCGGGGCGAGUAUUGCGACCAGUGCACCCCGUACCCUGGCUGCAAGCACGGCUACUGCAACGGAUCGAGUUGGCAGUGCAUCUGCGACACGAACUGGGGUGGAAUUCUCUGCGACCAGGACUUGAACUACUGCGGUACCCACGAGCCUUGCCAAAACGGCGGCACGUGCGAAAACACAGCUCCAGACCAGUACCGAUGCACGUGUCCGGACGGGUUUUCGGGACCGACGUGCGAGAAGGUGGACAACCCGUGCGCCUCGAAUCCUUGCCUGAACGCGGCGACGUGUCGAGAGUCGGGGGAGACGGCGCACUGCGAAUGUAUGCCAGGGUACACCGGACCCUACUGCGGUACCGACAUCGACGAGUGCGCUUCCCAGCCGUGCCAGAACGGAGGGACCUGCGUCGACGGGAAGAACGAGUUCGUAUGCAAUUGCCCGUCGGCCUGGCAAGGGACGCUGUGUCAGUUCGACGUCGACGAAUGCUCCCUGAAGGAGUCGCCCUGCAAGAACUCGGUGACCUGCGUCAACCUGGCCGGGGAUUACAGGUGCCGAUGUCAGAGCGGGUUCACGGGGAAGAACUGCACGCGGAACAUUAACGACUGCGUGGGCCAGUGCCAGCACGGUGCUCUGUGCAUCGACCUCGUCAACGACUAUCACUGCUCGUGCACACCUGGGUACUCGGGGAAGGACUGCGAGGUCGACAUCGACGACUGCGCCUCGCAGCCCUGCCAAAACGGCGGCGAGUGUCGCGACCUCGUCAACUCCUACGAGUGCGUAUGCCCAGUUGGGUUCACCGGCUAUCAGUGCGAGAUCGAUCGCGAUCAUUGCAGCCCAAACCCGUGCAGGAACUCCGCACCCUGCUUCAACACCCAGGCCGACUACUACUGCCACUGCCCGGAACGAUGGCAGGGCAAAAACUGCUCCGAACCAGCAUCUCACAAUCCCGACUUCAGUUUCAUCGACGACGAUCUUGGAUGCGGAAGCGAGGGGGCCCCUUGCGGCGGUCGCGGGAAAUGCAGCGGAGGAAGGUGCACGUGUGAUCCCGGAUACACCGGGCUUCAUUGUCACGAAAAUAUCAACGACUGCAGAGGGAAUCCUUGCCUAAAUGGCAGCACCUGCGUUGACCUUAUCAAUUCGUUUCAGUGCAUAUGCAGGGAGGGAUGGACCGGUGAUCUAUGCGACCAAGAUGUCGACGAGUGCGCAACCGCACCUUGUCGAAACAACGGUACCUGCAUAGACGGUCUCGCCGACUUCACGUGCACGUGUCGCGGCGGCUGGAAAGGCAAGACGUGCGCGUUGCGGGGCGGUCACUGUGAGCCCGGGACCUGCAGACACGGCGGUACGUGUCAAGACCGGGGUGACGGAUUCACCUGCCACUGUCCCCCGGGUUGGGAGGGUGCGGCCUGUCACAUAGCGGCGCCAGCCUGCGCCAGCGACCCCUGCGAGAACGGGGCGACCUGCGUGAACACGGCGGACGGCGGGUACCGAUGCGUCUGCAGAGAGGGUUUCGAGGGUCCGAACUGCAGGAGGGACAUCGACAACUGUCAGCCCCUCCCGUGCCAGAACGGGGGCCGAUGCGUCGACGGCGUGAAUUGGUUCAGGUGCGAAUGCGCCCCGGGUUUCACCGGCCCCGAUUGUAGGAUAAACGUCAACGAGUGCGCGAGCGACCCCUGCGUCGGCGGGGCGACGUGCAUCGACGGUAUCGCGAGCUACUCCUGCGUCUGUCCCCCCGGGAGAACCGGCGUCCAGUGCGAGGCGCGGACUCCCGGGGGACCGGGCUGCGUCGCCGCCAGUUGGGACGAUUAUUGUAACCUUUGCGAGUGCACGAACGGGAAGAAUCAGUGCAGCAACGUCUGGUGCGGGCCUGGAAGCUGUCUGAACGGCACGUCGUGCCUGGCUCACGAAGUCUGUGUACCCUCGCCCGGCGAAAGUUGUCUGGCACCGCCGUGCCCGGCUUGGGGCGAGUGUCGCCCGGUCGAAAGCGGGCGAAGAGUCGGCCCCCCAGCCCUUCCGGCGCCCCCCUCCUGCUGGCCAGGCCAAGCGACCCCCGGUCCAACCUGCUCGAAACUGACCAUCCUUCUGCGAAGAGACACUCUGGUGAUCGGGACGUCGGUGGAGCUUCUCUGUCGCAGGCUGAGGCGACUGCUCGCCGACCCUCGACGACCCCAAUCCGUCGUCCUUCUCUGCGACCUGAAACCUGGCGACAACGACACCGUCGAGGUGACGAUAUUCUCCGAGGCAGCAUCGGCCGCGGCCAGGGACCUCGGCGAGGCCUUGAGCAGGCCAGUGAGCAGGCAGGUCGCCCUGGCUUCCGUCCUCGAAGUCAAGGUCGAAACAGCCACGCUCAGCGAGCCGAACACCGCGAACUCUGGGGGUGGUGGAUACCUUGCUGUCCUGGGGGGCGCCCUGGCGACGAUUCUCCUCCUCGCCGCUCUCGGGGGCGUCUGGUACAUCCGUUCGAUUCGACACAGGUCCGGAAUCACGGCGACGACGAGCAGCGAGACUUCGCUUCACCGGCACCGGAGCGACCUUGAUGAAAAAUCGAACAAUCUUCAGAACGAGGAGAAUCUCAGGAGGUACGCGAACCCACUCAAGGAUCAGGACUCCGUUGAGCCGCGCGUAUCCGUUGUAAGGCCCCUGUCGGGCGCCUCGCUCGGGGCCUUGGGCCCCACCGAGGAGAGUCUCGAGAUGGUCUCGGAGGAGGGUCGACACCGAUUGCCGCCCCUCUACAAACCCCCCAGCGCCGAGACGAGGAACAACACGGCGACCUUCAGCUACGAGGAAGGACUCCACAAGCCGUACACGAAACCGCGGCUUCAGGAACCCUCUUAUCCUCUUCAGCAGCCCGGGACCAGCCAGGCGGGACCUCACCAGGUGCUGACGGUCCACGUUUAACGGUCCCUGAGGUCUGGUCCACCUCGGGUGGAGGUUUCGUAGGUACUUCUAAGAUGUAACGCGGUUCUCGCGAGAUGACGCUCGGCAUCGUGCGUCUCUGUGGAACAUAGUACGUUUGUCUUUUCGCUUAACCAUCCUCCCCCCUCCCCUCCCCCUUCCCCACACACCGUAUUUCUUUUUGGGUGGAAAAUUUCACUCGAGAGAUUCGACAUAAAUUAUGCAAGUUUAGUGUGCUCAGAGAACGCGAGAGUUUGUUUAAUACGUCGGCAAGUGUCAACCUAGUCCGCGAUCAUUAUCGGUGACAAAUAUUAUGGGGAAAUAAGCAACUAAUUUCGGAGGUAUAGGCUUAAUAAUGGUUAUGGAGAGACAAGCUGUUUGACGCGUGGGUGUAUUAAAGGUAUAGUGCCGAAAGAUACAGACUGCGGAGCUCGCGUCGUCGUGCCACGACUGUAUAUUUAAUAAUAUUUACGUAUUUACAAAUAUUCUACGACCGGUGGAGAGAUCCCGUUUCAUCGAAGGUCCGUAAAUUGCCAGUAUAUACGUCACCUUCUUCUUUUUUUCCUAAUCUUCUCCUCCGUUCAACGCUCACCGCCCACAUAAUUGAAAUUUCUUUCCUACGCUGUUACGCAUUCAUACAUUAUGCAUUUUACACACAUACGAGAGUGAAUCUUAUAUCCCUAUGCGGUUCUUUCACCUCGGUUUACAUGUGCAUAGAUGUGUUAACGAAAAUUUUUAACCCUCCCCUCCGUCGUCCCAUUUAUUGCUGCAGUUAAUUAUUUCUCGAUACAAUUUUACGAACUUACAAAUAUGCAAUAAUCCAGAUCUUCGAACAGAACGAAUUUAUUUACAACGCCUUGUACGAUAGAAAAAUUGACUUACAAACUAGAAAAACGUGAAAAGGCAUAAAAUAAUCAGUAAAGAAAUAAGGGGAUUUGGUUUGGCACGUAAAUCGCUUCGAUUCCUUCAGUUGGCAAUAUUGAAUUUAAUAACAUUUACACACAGUAUAAUAUUCGUAAAAUUAUCAGUAAAUAUUUCCUGGGAAAGUAACAGUAGUAAUCAUAACCAUAUGGCAAUAGCAAUAACACUUGUAAUAACAUUUACUAUAUAAAGUAAUAAUAUAUGUACUAUUACAAUAUUACUAAUAUUAAUAUUAUUAUUAUUAUUAUUUGUAACGGUAAUUCAAUUAUAGUGGUAACAGUUAUACGUUGUAGUAAUGAUAAUAAUGUUAUCUAUGACGAUUGACGGUUGAUAGUGAUUAAUAUAACAGUAAAUAGCAAUAACAAUUAUAGUUAUAACGUCUGAUGAACGAUUGUUAUCGUUGUACAUAUGUACAUAGCCCGUACUUAUUAAUUUCGCUAAGCCUGUAUUCUCUAUCUCCCCCUGUCUCCGUAAUAUAAUAUCUAUCUCGACUAAAUAUCGUCUUUCCGAAUAGUUGAAUGUUUCUUUUUUUUUUUUUUUGUUUUAAUUUUAUACAGGAAUAUCUGACAGCUCCAGGUUGUGACACACGCCGAAAUUACAUACAAUUAUACACAAAUAUAUAAAACACGUAUAUACAUACAUAUAUCUUUAUAAAUAUAUACAUAAAUGAUUUUAAAAAAAAGACAUAUAUAUAUAAAUACUUGUUACAUAAAUUUAUCUAAUAAACGCAGGCUUACGUUCCUUCAGAAGAUAUUGUGAUACUCAUAGGGAAAACAAUCACUUGUUACGACUUUGCGAUUACUUAAAAUAGAUCGUGAUUUAUAUGGAUAUUAUAAUAUAGUAUGUAUAAGGGUUUCACACGUCACGUAUAUACACUACUAUGCGAUGUAUCAAAUACCUUAAGUGCAAUUCAAUUAGACAGUGAAUCUCCCAGCGAGCGUCCCAGUGAAUGCCCCAGUGAAUCUCAUGAAGACGCUACAUAUUAAUAUGUGGUAGAGAAGGUUUUAUUUUUUUUAAUUUCAUUAAAAUGAUACAAUGAUUGUAAUUUUUGAUAAAACUUGAUUAGUAUACGUCCGUGCAUAUGCGUAUAGUAUAGAUUUUAAACUUCAAUAUAUACAUCCAGUAUGUAUAUAUUAUACAUACGAUAGUUGUUAAGAAUAAGCUUAUACGCAAGAACAAAUUUUAUAUUAGAAUUUUUUUAUUUCAUAAAGAAAACUAUAUUAUUAUUAUUAUUAUUAUUAUUAUUAUUAUUAUUAUACGAAUAGAUAGAUCGAUAUUAUAUUGUAUUAUUAUUUUUAUUUUAUUGUAAGGAUAUUAUUAUUUUGCGAUCAAUGGCAAUAAUUCUUUCCGUAUACCGAAUGGUCACAGAUUCAUGAUCAAGAAAUGUAAUACCGGAAUUAUUCAUGUCAUCUAUUAAACGAAAAAUGCCCGUGCAACAAAUAUAUAUUAAUAACGAAUCAAUUAUAUGAGUGGAGCUGAAAGAACUAAUGCCUUUGGUCAAGAUUAAUAGAUAGACAAAAGAAAAAGCCCAAGCGUCGAUUAAAACAUCGAGUGUGAUUCGAAUUCCAAGUUUUAAGUUUCGAACUUUGAGUGAAUGAGUGCGUGUAAAUAGGCUCCUUCUACCCCACUAUAAUAAAAAUGAAGAAAAAUUUUCAAUAAAAAGUACAAUCGUGAAA